AAUUGUGUACACGAUACUACGGCUCUGGUAAUGUAUAGUGUUAUAUUUCUGUUAGUCUUCAUAAGUCUACCGUGUCGAUUGGAACUAUAUUAGAAAUUGUACUGAAAUUUAUUUAUUUUGUGAUUGUAAGUGAUAGAUAGCAAAUGGAGUCAAGUGGUAAAGAUUCGUUUGUGAAUUAUCCUCAGUCGACAUAUCCGCCUACAAGUCCACCUCCGUACCCUGGAAAUGAUUCAGGACAUGCUCCAUACCCUGGACCACCGGGUCCAAGUGGACCUCACAUUCCACAGGGUCCUACAGUCUAUCAACCGGUGACAGGUCCGACGGUAGUAACUGUGGGACCCGGGGUAGUCUCAGGUGUUAUUUUUGGACAGCAGAUGGGCCCACUUCCCACCAGACUAACCUGCAGAUCGUGUAACGAGCAAAUAACGACAAGGAUUGAACAAAAAGCGUCCAUGCGAACACAUAUGAUGGCAUUACUUCUGUGUGUAUUUGGAUUAUGGCCCUGCGUAUGUAUACCAUACUGUAUGGAUUCCUGUAUGAAUGUAGACCAUUAUUGUACAAAUUGCGGUGCUUAUGUUGGCACGUACCAGAACUAAUAUAAUUGAAUAAAAACCAAUUAUAAGGACAGAUCAGUGGUGAUCAUGAAGAGUAUAGAUUUGAUACGCCAUAUUCUGGAUACAUCCAAAAAAAAGUUUAAGUGUUCUUAGUUCAAAUUAAAAGUUCUAUAUUUGCUACUGAAUUUUAAGAAGAUUUCUAUCAAGACAUACUAAUUUAUUUUAGUACAUUACAUAUUUUUACAACAAUUGUCUUUUACAAGUGUACUUUGAUACUGGACUAUUUAUUUUUACGAAUAAAUGUAUCGUAGUAUAUGAAAUAUUGUGAUUAUCUAUGGUGAAUUUCGAAAUGUAAGUUUAUCAUAAAAUUUAUAAGACCGUAUGUAAUUUUUUUUUCACAGUCCAUAGAAACAUGUAAUCAUAGAAUGAUAGUAGAUAUGUUACAUCAAUUACUAUAUAUAAUAUAUUUGUUUUAUUAGUUAUUUCUCUCAAAAUAUUUUACAAAAAUUUUAUCAACCUUAAAAAAUUUAUACUGCAAUUGACAGGAUUUAUGAAACUACUAGUUAUAUUUUUUUCCACCAAAUUUCAACCAACUUCUUCUCGAAAAAAGAACAACUUGUAUCUGCACAGUAUAAGGUAUGAGUACAUACCGCUUUCCAUCAGGUAGGUUGUCAGCUUGUUUGCCAUUCUAAGUUGCAUAAAAAAUAUACCCAUUGUUAUAUCUUUGUUCUUUUUUUCGUGAAUGUUAUUUUUUUUAUAUUUAGGUUAUUUUUUAGGAUAAAAAAAUUGAGACUCUUUAUUAAUACUAUCAUCUUUAUAGGCCUGGCGGACGAAGUUGCGAGUAAAGAUUAGUAACUAAAUAAAUGUAUUAGUAUUCCAUGUAUACUGUAACUAAAGUUGUUCACCUUGUUUGCGGUCUGAGAUAAUUGUGAACGUGAGUGUAAACACUUGUUUUGUGAUAACACGAUCUCAAAUCUUGAGGCAGCGUCUGACAGAGUGAUGGUUAGAAGUGUCUAGGUAUAUUUGAUUUGUAUAAGGAAACUACAAAGAUAUUACAAAACUAUUUUCCUGUUAGAAUUGCGGGAAAAAUAACUAAUAAAUUAAUUAUAACUAAUUAAAUCAAUAACUUUAUUGUAUUGAGAUUGGUUCUCUCUUUUUAUUUUGUAAGGACCUGGCAUGAAGAUAUAUUUGUAAAUAAUUUAGUACCCUGUCAUAGUGAUUAGUGAUUAUACUAAGGAUGUAUUUAACCAGUUUAUUAAAUACAUUUUAAUUGUGAUAAGGUACAAAUGUUCUUACAUAUUAAUUUAUAUAUUGACUGUGUUGUAAUUAACUAGUUACGUUACAUUGAUAUCGUAUAAAAAUAUGCUAUAAUUGAAUUAAGUUUAUUCGUAUAAAAUAUAAAAAGAUUAAAUACUUAAGUGAUUAAAAAA